AUGUCAUAUUAUUAUCCUAUAUUUAUAUCGAUCGACACGUGUGUUUUUCACGUUCACAGGUACAUUCACUCCAAGGAGAAACCCUUCAAGUGUCUGGAGUGCGGCAAGGGGUUCUGCCAGUCGCGCACGUUGGCCGUGCACAAGAUCCUCCACUUGGAGGAGUCGCCGCACAAGUGUCCGGUGUGCAGCCGGAGCUUCAACCAGCGGUCCAAUCUGAAGACGCACCUGUUGACGCACACAGACAUCAAACCGUACAACUGUCCGACGUGCAGCAAAGUGUUCCGCCGGAACUGCGACCUGCGCCGGCACAGCCUCACGCACAACCUGUCACCCGUGUCCGCGGCCACGGCCGCUGCUGUCCAGCUGGCGUACGCUGCGACCACCGAACUUCAGUCGGCCGCGGUCAUCGGCGCCGCGCACGGUCGCGACAACGACUGUGACCGCUGA